AUGGCGUCUGGCGGGCUUGUGUCGGCGCUGCUAGCUGCUGGUGCGUCAUCGGAAGUGUUUGAGAUGGGAUCGAUCAACCUGCAGCCCUAUGGAAAGGACAGCCGUCCAAUCAAUGUGACGAAACAAGUUUGCCUGGGACGCGUACAGUUUCAAACUGCGUAUGGUCCGCUGUUGCUGCGCGGGCUGCGCGCAUGGGUCGAUGAGACGGUUCCUGCAAUCGAAUUGACGCUGGGUUUACCCGUUAUGAAGAUCCUUGGAUAUACCGACCAAGGUUUGCGCAACAACGCGCGACAGAAAAACGCUGUCUGGGAUAUUUCGGAGGAGUCAACGGUGGUGCCGAGCACGGCUAUGCAUCGGACUCUGCGGUUCGGCCAGGUAGACGACGACAUCGACGAGGACGAAGGGAUGUGCUGCGCAACACCUGACCUCAGUGGAUCGCCUGACACGGCGCAAAUUAAAGCGCUCCUAGCGUCCAAGGUCGACGCCGCCAUUACGGAAGGUAUGGCGCCCGAGAACGUGAGCGAGCUCCAAGCGAUGCUAUUGGAAUUCGAAGAUGUGUUUCGUGUCUCCUUCGGUCGCGAUCCCCCUGUGAGAGUCGAGUCGCUCAAGGUGCGUUUGAAGCCGGGAUCAACGCCUGUGAAGUCUGGCCUGGCUUGCUACGUUAUCCCCCGACGCAUCUGGCAUUUUUGGAACAGCACGUGGGGGAUUUGGAAGAAGCUGGUCUUGUUUAUCGCAGCACCCGGUCACGCUGGCAGCAGCACCAAUAAUCGUUCCGAAGAAUACCCCAGGUGA